AUGGCCUCCUAUGUGGUCAAUAGCGUGGAAGCUGCGGUAGAGGGUGCGGCGGUCGAAGAUGUCUUGGAAUAUGUCAAAACGCUCAAAGUACAGGAACUGAAAGAUCAUAUUCGCGUCAUCAACGAGAAUCUGCCGUGGACACAGCACCUGCGUGUGACGGGGAACAAGCCCAGUCUGGCGUCGAACUUGAGUGAGGUUAUCCAGGCGUAUGCAGAUGCGCCUUUGCGGUAUAAUCAGAUGCUGCUUUUGUUUGCUCCGCUAGGCUUUUACGGAUUUGCCCAGCAUCUCCGUCGACUGCGUGACGCAAUGAACAGUGGGGCUGGGUCUGGAUACUAUGGCCGUAUACCCGAGCAAGGAUUGAGAUCGACAGGCGUGGAUGCGCAUUCCUAUUCCGGCUCAAGUCACGCCAGCGGCGCGAGCGUCAACCCGUCGCUUUCCACGCAGCAACUCCGGUUCAGGCCGUCGCCAUUUUAUGAAAUUAAAGAGUUUGUCUCUUCUAUUCUGCAGGUUCCAGAAGCACCGCCAGCCACGGGGCGACGGCAAAUUGUAGUAGCUUUUACGCUUUCCGAAAAGCAGACAAGUCUGCUCAACGAUAUCCCGGGGCGAUACCAGCUUCGCCUCUUCUCCACCACGUUUGACCAUUACAUCGCAGCCGUGAGUGGAGUACAGAUACCGGCGCCAGUAGAAUUCCCCUACACAAGCGAGGUACGUAUCAACGAGCGAUCGCUAGGCGUGAGCCUCAAAGGGAGUAAAAAGCAUGCUGGUCGCGUCUCUCCCCCGAACUUGAACCGGAACGGUGCGGUGCAUGUACAGGCGGGGCGGGUGAAUAGAGUUGAAAUAUCGUAUGCGAAUACGCCCCAACGGCACGUCGUCGUGAUUGCACUGUGCAAAGUGACCACGGCCAAGGAGCUCACCGAGGAGCUCAAGGCCCGCCAGUUUCGCUCAAAGGAAGAGGUGGUCCAGAGAAUGCGGGAGCGUGCAGGAGACGAAGAUGUGCUUACGGGCGCGUCCACACUCAAGCUUGUCUGUCCGCUUACUUACAUGCGCAUGGUGAUUCCAUGCCGUUCCAAUAUAUGCGACCAUAUCCAGUGUUUUGAUGCGUACAGCUUUUAUUCCAUGAACGAGCAAUCGCCGCUUUGGCUCUGCCCUGUGUGCAACCAGCAAAUACAAUCGGCGGACCUGCGCAUGGAUGGCUAUGUAGAAGGUAUUCUGGAGCGGGUGCCGAUGGACUUGGAGACAGUGCUUGUCGAACCUGACGGUGCGUGGCAUUCUUUGGAUGGCCAGUACAAUGAGCACUCGCGCGUGAUGAACCACGCGUUGACGAUCAAAGAAGGGACGCCGCUGUCGGAUAGCGGGGACGAAACGGUGCCGAUGACGCCGCCGUUGGAUGCAGAUACCGACCUUGCACCCAGCAGUGACCCUUUUUGUGUGCCAGCAGAUGUGAUUGAUUUGACGUUUGAUAGCGACGCCGAGUAG